AUGAUAAAGGUAAUCUCCUCAUACAGCCCUCUUGGUUAUGAUGCUAAAGUUUCUGUUUUGAUUGAUCAUGAUAAUCGCUGCUGGCGUGAAGAUGUGAUUGUCUCCUCCUUCUUGCCUCAUGAAGCUGCUCUGAUCAAAGCCAUCCCUCUAAGCCUAGAUAAAAGUGUGGAUGUGCUAUUUUGGCCUAGAAACUCUAAUGGCCUUUACUCUGUCAAAUCCGGGUAUAAAUUGCUUCUAGAGUGUGAAUUGAAUGAUGAGCCAUCUUCCUCUGAUUUGUCGCUGUCUAAAAAAGUUUGGAGAGGCAUUUGGAACCUCAAAAUUCCAAAUAGAGCAAAAAAUCUCCUCUGGAGAGCUGGUUCGGAGACCCUUCCCACCAGAGUGAACCUUAGGAAAAGGAAAAUCCUAACUGAAGACUCCUGCCCUCACUGCUUGCUUGAAAAAGAAACAUCUUUCCAUGCUCUUUGGUCAUGCUCCUGUCUGUAUCCGGUGUGGCAAGUCCAUUUUAGUUGGUUAUCUAAGCUUGCCGUGAAUUGCUCUUCUUUCCUGGAUGUCAUCCAGCUAACCCAAGAUCAUAACAACCUCUCGGACGUAUUUGCCAUGACUGCAGCGCUAAUUUGGGCGCGAAGGAACCAAAUCCGUGUGGGUGACAAGGUUCUUCCAAUCGAAAAAAUCAACUCCACAGCCCUUGAAAACCUUCAGGAAUUCCAGCUUGCUUCCUCCACUCCCCACCGUGCUCCUCCCACAUUCAAAACAGCGAAAUGGUCUCCUCCUCCCCCGGGUUGGAUGAAGGCUAACUUCGAUGGUGCCACCUUCUCAUCCAAAGCUCUUGCUGGUUUGGGAGCCAUUAUCCGGAACGACCAAGGUCUAGUUAUGGCUGCCUAUACACAUUCUAUUCCCCUGCCUACUUCGGUAGAGACAGUGGAAGUGUUGGCAGCGCGCAGUGCAAUCUGCCUGGCAAAGGAUCUGAAUUUUUCCAAGGUAAUCUUUGAAGGUGACUCGGAGAUCAUCAUUAAAGCCAUCAAUAAGGGAGAUCUUUUGUCCUCAAGCUUUGGCCACAUUCUGAAUGACAUUAAUCUUCUAUCCAAAUCCUUUCAACGGGUGUCUUUCUGUCACACUCGCAGACAAGGGAAUAGAGUUGCGCAUGGUCUGGCUCGUAUGGCUUGUAAUUUUUCUGAUUAUCAAGUCUGGAUGGAGGAUGUUCCUCCGGACUUAUAUAAUGUAUAUUGUUCUGAUUUACAUUAA